AUGGAAAUUGCCUGGGACGAUAUCGAAGUUGAAGCAGAAAAAGAUCAGAAACAGACUCUGGUCCGAAAAGCGAUAAAAACCAAUCAAUGGAAUGAAACUCUGAAAAGAUAUGAAUCAGAGGCACGGAACUUGAGAGUACUUGGAGCUCAUAUCUUUAUAAACAAUCGAGUAAUUUUAACUUAUACUCUUCGCGAUAGAGCACUAACUUCGGCUCACCAUGGGCACAUGGGUGCAGUUUCUAUGAAAAAGAUUUUAAAAAACUACUUCUGGUGGCCAGGAAUGUCCAAGCAAGUGGAAAAUUUUGUUAAAGGUUGUGAAACUUGCUUUCGUCUGUCCAAGAAAAAUCCACCUAUUCCCCUGACUAAUCGGGAGCUGCCAGAGGGGCCGUGGGAAAUCCUUCAAAUCGAUUUUUUCACAUUCAAAGGUUGUGGCUCUGGAAAAUUCCUGGUGGUCGUAGAUACGUAUUCACGAUAUCUACACGUUGUUGAGAUGAAAAACACUGACGCAGAGCACACAAAUGCUGCACUGAACCAAAUUUUUCAGACCUGGGGAUAUCCUAUGGCAAUUCACAGCGACAAUGGCCCUCCCUUUCAAAACGAAAAGUUUGUGAAGACAUGGGAAGACAGAGGUGUGAGAAUAAGAAAAGCAAUACCAUUAAGCGCGCAAUCGAAUGGAGCUGUAGAGCGCCAAAAUAAAGGGUUAAAAGAUGUCAUGACGGCUGCUAAAUUGGACAACGUUAAUUGGAAAAUGGCUUUGGAACAGUAUUUGCAUAUGCAUAAUAAAGUGAGACCACUGUCGAGACUUGGUGUAACGCCAUUUGAAUUGCUUGUUGGCUGGAGAUUCAGGGGAACGUUCCCGUUUCUAUGGGGAACGCUACCAGUAAACCAAAUGGAUAGAAUGGAUAUACGCGAAAAAGAUAAUCUAACUAAACUGGAUAGUAAGCAGUAUGCCGAUGGGGUCAGAGGAGCAAAAAGUUCAGAGAUUGCGGUUGGAGAUAAGGUACUCUUGGCUAAUCAUCAUACAAAACAGAAAGGAGAACCAAUCUUUUCAGGAGAACGUUAUACCGUACUUACCAGAGACGGUGCAAAAGUUGUGGUUCAAAGUGACAGAGGUGUGCAAUAUUCAAGAAACGUACAGGAUGUUAAGAAGAUUCCAAUCAUGCUGCGCGAAAAUAAGAAUGCAGAACAAUCAUUUCGUGAUGAAUUUUCGUCGGAGAUUCGACUUCCAGAUUUUGAUGAAGAUGUUCCAACAGAAAAUCAAACCGAACAAGAGAGACCCAAACGACUAAGAAAAAAACCCUCCCGCUUCAAUGAUAUGGUUUUGUUAUGUGUAUUUGAUUAG